AUGAAACCACACUUGAAGCAAUGGAGACAACGAAUGCUUUGCGGGAUAUUCGCCUGGGGCCUCCUCUUCGUGGUGAUUUUCAUUUACUUCACCGACAGCAACCCAGCUGAGCCUGCGCCCAGCUCCUUCUCCUUCCUGGAGACCAGGCGGCUCCUGCCCAUUCAGGGGAAGCAGAGGGCCAUCAUGGGCGCGGUGCAGGAGCCCUCCUUGCCCGAGAGCCUGGGUACACACAAGGGGCUGCUAGACGGACGCCCGCCUGCCCCCUUCCACGCGGGGCCCGGAGAUCUGCCGCAAUGGGCCCAGGUGCAGGACAGGUUCGAAAAUGACGAAGAGUUCUUUUCAUCCCAGAUCCGGAGAAAAUCGCAAAGCACUUUCUACCCGGAGGACAACGACUACUUUUUUGCCGCGGGUCAGCCAGGAUUGCGCCGCCACACUCAGGGCACGCAGGGACACCCCUCCUCCCACCGGGACCAAGGCCGGCUGGAGGGGGCUGCACCAGCCCUCCAGGCGCCAAGAAGGCGGGCGAGGAAGAGGCAGCGGAAACCCGGCGGGGGCCUGGUGCUGGAGGACGGCGAGGACGGGGACAGGCUGUACUCAUCCAUGUCCAGGGCCUUCCUCCACCGGCUCUGGAAGGGAAACGUCUCGUCCAAGAUGCUCAACCCGCGGCUGCAGAAGGCCAUGCAGGACUACCUCAGCGCUAACAAGCACGGUGUGCGCUUCCGCGGGCGGCGGGCGGCCGGGCUGAGCCGCGCGGAGCUGCUGUGCGCGCUGCGGAGCCGGGUGCGGGUGCGCACGCUGGACGGCAAGGAGGCGCCCUUCUCCGCGCUGGGCUGGCAGAAGCUGGUCCCCGCCGUGCCGCUGAGCCAGCUGCACCCGCGCGGCCUCCGGAGCUGCGCCGUGGUUAUGUCGGCCGGCGCCAUCCUCAACUCCUCCUUGGGCGAGGAGAUAGAUUCUCAUGAUGCAGUUUUGAGAUUUAACUCUGCUCCUACACGCGGCUACGAGAAAGAUGUUGGAAAUAAAACCACCGUGCGCAUCAUUAAUUCCCAGAUUCUGACCAACCCCAACCAUCACUUCAUUGACAGCUCAUUGUAUAAAGAUGUCAUUUUGGUAGCCUGGGACCCUGCUCCUUAUUCUGCAAAUCUUAAUCUGUGGUACAAGAAGCCAGAUUACAACCUGUUCACUCCGUAUGUUCAGCACCGUCAGAGAAACCCAAAUCAGCCAUUUUACAUUCUUCAUCCAAAAUUUAUAUGGCAGCUUUGGGACAUUAUCCAGGAGAACACCAAGGAGAAGAUUCAGCCCAACCCACCAUCUUCUGGCUUCAUUGGGAUCCUCAUCAUGAUGUCCCUGUGCGGCGAAGUGCACGUGUACGAGUACAUCCCGUCCAUCCGGCAGACGGAGCUGUGCCACUACCACGAGCUGUACUAUGACGCGGCGUGCACGCUCGGCGCCUACCACCCGCUGCUCUAUGAGAAGCUGCUGGUGCAGAGGCUGAACACCGGCGCCCAGGGCGACCUGCACCGCAAGGGAAAGGUGGUUCUGCCUGGGCUCCGGGCCGUGCGCUGCCCCGCGCCCAACCCCGCUGGUCCCCCAUCUUGAAGAGGGGCUCUUGAGAAUCGAUGUGCAAUAAGGUACUACUGUUGUCCUCGGAGUCACAGGAGAAUACUUGAAGAUGUAUUUUAGGCGAUGUAGUCUUCAGUCCUUUAGACUGUCACUUAGCGGUGGCCACGAGAAUUCUUCUUUUUCUAAGCCAUGGAGUAUUUAUGACUGCUUUGAAUACAGGAAUGGAAUUUAAAAGGAAAAGAAGCUCAAGAAAGAUGCAAAAAAAAAAA